AUGAGUGGCCCAUACAUUUCUCAUUCCUCCCACACUCACACCCACACGCCCAUACAUUCCUCAUUCCUCAAACACUCACGCCCACAAGCCCACAGAUUCCUCAUACCUCCCACACUCAUCACUCCCACACGCCCACAGCUACGCCUGGCCGCCCUCAACCAGCCGUACACCGGAGACAUGAGGGGCGUGACGGGCGUGGACUACACCUGCUAUCGUGAGGCGCGGCGGGCGGGGCUGAGCGGAACCUUUAGGGCUUUCCUCACCUCCAGGAUCCAGAACCUUGACUCUAUUGUUAGGAGAGACGACGCUAACUUACCUGUCGUCAAUAUUAAGGGGGAGGUUCUCUUCAACACCUGGCGCGGGAUAUUCUCAGGUGAUGGCGGUCGCUUCAUGCAGAAACCGAGAAUAUUCAGCUUCGAUGGCAAGGAAGUACUGACGAGCCCUGAGUGGCCACAGAAAUACAUAUGGCACGGAUCUGACAUUGAGGGGGGGAGAGCCUUGUCCUCUUUCUGCGACGCUUGGCACAGUGACUCAAGGGACGUGGUUGGGCUGGCGUCCUCUCUCCAACAAAACCACCUCUUGUCGCAGGAGAAACACGGCUGCCACAACUCCUUCAUUGUGCUGUGUAUUGAAGCCACAAGUCACGCGUACAAGAGCUCUGGGGGAAGGAGGAGAAGACACGCAGGAAAGGCGGAGCAGGAUAUGAGUGAAGAAGAAUAUUUUGAAGUGCUGAGUGCUUUAGAAGACGUGUGAAAAGGGUCGUGUGUGGUUUUAUGGAAGAUUUAGCUAAGGAGAUGUGUGAAGUGUCUAUUGUGUUUUGUAUAGGUGUGCGGGAAGGUAAGGGUGAGUUUUUUGGGUUGGUUUUGUGUGGUUAUUGAAAGAAGGUCAAGAGAAGGAAAGAAUGUCUAGCUUUAUCUCUCUCUCUCUCUCUCUCUCUCUCUCUCUCUCUCUCUCUCUCUCUCUCUCUCUCUCUCUCUCUCUC